CAAUAACUUUACUCUGCCCUUUGCGGGAGACGGGAUUGAGCCUCUGGAAACCCCAGCAGAGACGGCCGGCCGCGGGGGAGGAAACUCUCGAGCUACCGCUGAAAUCCUCCGGCUCGGGUCGGUCCGCGGGUCUGGGCUUGAGCGGGUUGCGGGUUCGGGUUCCUGCUGCUCCGGAGCGGACACGCACCGCGGCUCCGCCGCUCCGAGGAAACCAUAUCUGGGCAAAGUAUUCGGAGCUGUCAUCCAGCUGGGCCCACUGGCUAUUAAUAGCGCUGGAGGAGGUGUCUCGCUCUCCCUGAACCAAUCUGGGCCUUGGGUUGCCUUUGCUGUGGUUUUAGUGCCGAGGUGGGGAUCAUUGAGGUGUGCUGUCUAAGAUGUCGAAGUUAAAGAAGGAGAUGGACAAGUACAGGGACGUAGACGAGGACGAGCUGCUGAACAAGCUAUCAGAAGAGGAGUUGCAGCGGUUAGAAGAUGAAUUAGAAGAGCUUGAUCCUGAUAAUGCAUUGCUGCCCGCUGGGAUGCGGCAGAAGGAUCAGACCAAGAAAUCCCCGACGGGAACGUUUCAGAGGGACAAUCUCCUGGCCCAUCUGGAGAAGCAGGCCAAAGAGCAUCCGGACAGAGAAGACCUGGUGCCCUUCACCGGAGAGAAGAGAGGGAAGGCCUGGGUGCCUAAAAAGCUGGUGGACCCGAGCAUAGAGGACGUGACCCUGGAACCGGAGCUGGAGGAAGCGCUGGCGAGUGCUACCGAUGCAGAACUCUGUGAUAUCGCAGCCAUCCUGGGUAUGCACACCCUGAUGAGCAACCAGCAGUACUACGAAGCUCUGGCCAGCAGCACCAUAGUAAACAAGCAAGGCCUCAACAGUGUGAUCCAGUGCACCCAGUACAAGCCCGUCCCUGACGAGGAGCCAAACUCCACUGACGUAGAAGAAACGCUGAUGAGAGUUAGGAGGAAUGAUCCUGACCUGGUGGAGGUCAACCUCAACAACAUCAGGAAUAUCCCCAUACCGACUCUGAAAGCUUACGCAGAGGCGCUGGCGAAGAACACCGUGGUGGAGAGGUUCAGUAUUGUAGGAACCAGGAGCAAUGACCCAGUAGCAUUUGCUUUGGCAGAAAUGCUGAAGGUGAACACGACACUGAAGAGUCUAAAUGUUGAGUCCAACUUCAUCACAGGGACCGGAAUCAUGGCCCUUAUUGAGGCGCUGCAGCAUAACGCCUCACUGGUCGAGCUCAAGAUUGACAAUCAGAGCCAGCCGCUGGGGAAUAAGGUCGAGAUGGAGAUCGCCAGCAUGCUGGAGAAAAACACCACCUUGUUAAAGUUUGGAUAUCAUUUCACCCAACAGGGCCCACGCCUCCGUGGCUCCAAUGCUAUGAUGAACAACAAUGACCUGGCCCGUGUCGUCAGGUCGGAGUCAGACGGCUCCUUCACCCUCACUUUAUCUGUCCCUGAACUGGAGAGAGCCUUUGGGAAAAAGUUCAAGCCCAAGACAAAUAAGACAGAGACGGCUUGAAGGAGGACCCAUCUUCCCCAAGUGUCGGACAAAUGUCUAGAAACCAGGGCUACCUUCAACCUCCUCCAUCGCCACCCUCCCACACCCACUCAUGGUCCACGACGGCAGGUUCAAUUGUUUUCAUGUACAGACGCUUGCUUGGUAGACGUUCAGUUGGAUUAGUCAGAAGAAUACUUUGGAGCUCUCGAUGCAUGUGAGAAGUAAUCAUUUUAUUCUGUGCUCUGACAUUUGUAUUUUCACACCGAUUCUAGGCCAAAAAGACCGAUGCUCUUUGCACAAACUAGCCAGGCAACACGAUCCUUGGUAUUUUGAAUCCUACAGGAUGUCAUUAAGUGUCCUUAAUAGAUGUGCUUUUAAAGAGGACUCAUUUGAAAGCUGAUCUUCAGCUCUUAGAUGUCCCAGUUCCUGAGGUGUCGAGUGAAUUAUAUUAAUACUCUUGAGUGAAUUAACUGUGUUGCGUUCUCUGUUGUUGCCAAAAGGUCAACACACUGAGGCAUUGUCCCUUUACACCACAUACUAUGAGAAUGCUGUAAAGGAUGUUGACCCAGUCAUGAAAAAUCUGAUGUUAUGCUCAUUUAGUCAUUUAGUAAGCCGUUCAGAUACUAAGCUACAUGUUUUUUUUUCAUUAAUCGAAGGUAAACCUGGUUUACUGCGAGAUGGGUCUCUUUAUAAAGAAUAUAUUUAUUUGAGACAGACCUGAGAAAGAGUCAGAGCUGUUCAAAUAACUUGGAUGAACGGUGCUUGACAGCGUACGAGUGUCGCUAUAAAAUGAAACGCUCACUUGAAUGAAGCAUUUACAUCGGCAGAGGCACUGAAGUGACGCCCACAACUCGCAAGCGUUUGAAUGCAUUUGUGUUACACUCUACUGGGUCUGGUUUGUUUGUGUUUGUUCAUUUGUAUUUACUGGAGCUAACAUGUUUGAUGUCAUAUGAAAUGGUUGUUACUGUAAUUGUUUAUCCUUAUAGUUUUUGCAUUUAAAGCGGCACAAGGGAACUUUUGCAGUUCUCUGCUCAGAGGGUGUGCCUGUUGGCGUGGAGGUGAAGUUAUUUUUAAAAUGCUGUCUCAUGUUGCGUCUCUUGUCCAGUCCCCCUCUUGUUUUGUCUUCCAUCGUCACUUUUUUGAGUCUCUUAAUCGCCACGAUGUCCCCUGUAGCUCUGUGAGCUAGUUUCAUUGUUGCUGGUGUGUGAUUUUAAACGGUGCUUGCUGUGAAGCGAUGUGCGCCUGUCACAAGAGACAAUGGGGCAGGAGUCCAAAGGUACUUUGGGUGGUUUGGUUUUUUUGUUUGCUGAAAGUGGGGACGAGAGACUGCAAGAGUUAGACAAUGCUUCCUAAACGUAAUCAGCUAAUUCUUGAAAUUAAAUUGAAAAAAGACUUGAUUGUGCUGCUUUGAUAUUCACUCUAUCGAAAUAAACUAAUACUGAGACUACUUUAAAAUUCACAAAGUUGACAAUAUAUAUUUAGCAGUAAUUAGUUGGAGUUGAACCACUGAACAUCUGACCCUUUGAUGCUGGAUUUAUUAGCCUGAUAGAAAUGUUCCCAUCAAAGACAAUUGCUUUUGACCAACUCCAAUAAUUAUGUUGGAGGAAUGCUGCUCUGUAUUUGAGAAUAAGGAAAAGAAUGGCUUCAAAAUUGUCUUUUUCCCAGGAAUGAGAACCCAUGAAGCUCCAGUGAAGAAAACAUGAAAUAAAUCAGAGCAUUUUAUUGAUUCAAUAAGAAGUAAGUUUGAACUGCCCAUUUUAAAAAUCAGCUUGUGUCCUUGAUGUGAGUAGUUACCUGAUGAUUGACUGAAUGCUGAAUCCUUGAUGCCUGAUCACAUUUCUGUACCACCCUCACGAUCAUUACAAUGAUAAAUACAGAUGUAUACAAUGAAAAAGAAUCUAAAAAAUAGAUCAAAUGAUUAGAAAAUAAAUUAAAUUAUCUAAUGUAUUUAUAUAGAUACAAAAAAUAUAUUAACUAGAAAACUGUUAAAAACUAAACGGGGUGUUUUUAAUUAAAUAUGGAAUAAUAAAUACUAAAUUUAAAAAAAAAUAUAUAAAUUCUGUGUGUUAUUUCAUAUAUCAGGCAUUAAGGGGUUAGGGUUUAAAUAACUCAUUCAAUGUUAUUUCAGUUUUACACUUUUCACUCCUUUGGAUGUCAAUCAACAAAUUGUAAUUAUUCAUUGUAAACAUUUACACUCCUCACACUUAGAAUGUUUGUCUUUUUUGUUUGUUUUAUUUGUUUUGUAGUAAAAUAGAGUUUGACUUUUUUUGUUAUUUUUUGAGUUGAAUGUUUUUGAUUAUGAAUUUAAUAAAGCUUGAAAAUUGUCUAUGAUCUUGGACUCGAUGACGUCUGGUUGAAUGUUUUCUUCAGACAUGUGGGAGCUGCAGCGACACCCAGUGGCAAAGUGAAGGAAUUACAUCGAUCUACUUUGGUUUGGUCUGCUGGAUCAUGCCCCCCUCUGUCCACCACCGGUACUAUUUACACAUUAAAAAAACAGUAGCACUGUAGCAUACUUUUCAGUGAUCAAAAAAAUAAUGUUCUCACUUGUAUUUGCAUAAGUAAUAAUUGAUAAGUUCUUAUAUAGGGUAUUUUUGCAUAUUUGUUUUCAAAAUAACUUUUCAAUACAACAUCCAUUCACUUGAAACACGUUUGGAUCUUUUUCUUACAUGUGGUUGUUUCAAAUCUGAAACAUUUGAGUGUGUUUAAAGUCUAGGUUUUUAUGGUCAGCCUCUGCACAAUUCUCCAUUUCUGCUUUCCCAGCCAAUCCGUCAUUGUAUGUGAAAGAUCAUUAUCCUGUUGAAAGAUCAGGUUCCCUUUCUUUGUCUUGAGGACAGAUGGCCUCACACUAUCUGAGAUGGCUCUCUGAUGUGAUGUACAAUUGAUAUUUGAAUCAAUAAAAGCAAUCUAUUCAGUCCCUGAA